UCAACAUCAUCAAAGCAUGGUUUGUCCUUUGUUUUCCUUUCACCCUUUUCUAUCUUUUGUCUUCACUUAGAUUCCUAUGUCAAAAAAAUAAAAAAGAGAAAAAGAAAACAGUAAGAGAGAGAUAAGGACAUGGCAUGGAACUUUAUAUUAAGUGGUAAAACCCCACUCUCAUUUCAGUAUUCCCUCUCUAUUUCUUGAUUUUCUUCCUUCUUCUAACUAAGUUUUAAGUUUUAAGUUAUACCCAUUUCAAGAAAAUGGAUGAUCAAUGUAGCCCUCUGAAUUGGGGUUAUUGUUACCAAGAAGAGGGGAUUGAAGAACUAAAACAUUGUUUACUUUACACAACAUUGGAGCUAGAGAGAACAAUUGUGACUGCCCAUGAAGAAAUUGCAAGAAAAGAAGAUGAAUUGAUUCAUUACAAAGGUCUUCUUUCGAAGAUCCUCAAAGAAAGAGAUGAAGCAGAAGCUAAAUGCAAGAGCUUGAUUCUUGAGAAAUCCAUUCUCCAAAAGCAUCAACUGAAAUUGGAGCAAGAAAUCAUUCAAAGACAGAAUCCACCCGAAGAAGGUCAUAUAUCAGAAGGAUCAAUCGACGAACAAGACCAAGAAGAAGAUGAUCACGAGGAUGAUGUCACCGUCGCCGUCGCCGUCGCCGCCGACGAUGACAUGGAGAAACUGAUCAAGAAACCACUGCCGGAGAAUGGUAAGUUCUUACAGGCAGUAAUGGAGGCAGGCCCACUCUUACAGACUCUACUUCUAGCAGGACCACUACCUCAAUGGCAACACCCACCUCCUCAAUUGAACUCAAAAGAGAUCCCGCCGGUGAAGGUGAACAUGAAGAGGUGCGCCGGCGCCGGAGGUGCGGUGGAGUGUCAAGCACCUGAAUUUUCACCAAAAAGUAAUAAAGUCCCAAAGGUUGUUCAUCUAUACCCAUUGACCAACUGUUAGUGCUUUAGAUUACAUGAAUUUUAAUUCACUUUUGCCUAAUUAGGAAUUGCCUUUUUGUGAGUGACUGUAAAAGAAAAGAAAAGGAAAAGAGAGAAGGUGAAAACAGCAUGAAAUGGAUGGCCAUCAUGCAUAAUUAUAAUUAGCAUUAGCUAGCUAUAAUCGAUCUCUCUUUUAUAUAGUUUGUCUUAGAAAUGAAGAUUUCUAACCAACCUCUUAGUGAAAGAGCUAGAGAGGGAGAAAGCAUUUUCAAAGCCUUUCUUUGCCUUUUCAGGUUGGAUUAAGAAAGAAGACUUGUUCAUGGUCUUCUUUUUACUUCUUUAAUUUUAGGGUUUGGAUUAUCAAACUAGCUAGUGAGGAUUUAGUCUAGUUUGCUUCUUUUUUUUUUAUUUUUUUUAAUCUUGGUGUUAUUAUAUAGAUAGAUAAUAUAGAAAUGUAUCUUGAUAUAUUGUGGUAUAUUGUGGUGUGGUGGACCUAUUAUGGUUAUGAUUAAUGUGGAUGAUGAGUUUUAGUAUCAUGCCAUAAAACUUUAUUGCUUUAUGCAUGUUCUCUCUUA